AACUAACCUUCGCAAACAAAUCGCCACAAUAAGCCAAGUCAUGAACUUGAAAGAUAAUGAACUGGAUCAGCUGGCCGAUUUUCUCGGCCAUGACAUUAGGGUGCAUAGGGAGUACUAUCGACUGCCCCAAUCAACAAUUCAGCUGGCUAAGAUCUCAAAACUGCUUAUGGCUAUGGAGAAGGGAAGUGUGAAGGAUAUCCAAGGAAAAUCUCUAGAUGAAAUCGGUGAUGACACAGAAGAUAUGGAUACAGGAUCACCGCAACUCCCUGAUGUUUCCACUCUGCAAGACAAUGAAGAAAUGUUGGCUUCUGGCACUUUGCCUCACCUCUCCGAGACCGCAGCUCAAGACAAUGAAGUAAUGUUGGCUUCUGGAACUUGUGGAUCGCCUCACCUCUCUGAGACCGCAGCUCAAGAUGACCUGUGGAACUCUGUCUGUGUGACUUCUAGUUCACCUCAUCUCCCUGACUCAGUCACUCAAGGUUUCCGUGUUUCAUCAAGACGGUGUGUGAAGAGACCAUGGUCUGAGGAGGAGAUACAAGCUGUGAUGAAACAUAUGAGGCCUUUUAUUGAAAACGGUGUCACUGUCACCAGUGAGCAGUGCCUGAAGUGCAAGGAAAAGGAACACCCUGUCUUGGAGACCAGAUCUAUACAAAACCUUCGAGAUUUUGUUCGCAACAGAGGCUUGACCUUUAAAAGGCGUUCAAAGGCUAAACGCUAAAUGCACUUUUGGCUAGCCUGAGACUUAGGUCUACUUUUUUCUUGCCAUGUUUUAGAAGUUGGUGUCUUGUUCUCGGAAAUUUAGGUCACUUCAUUUAUAUUGCUCACAGGCAGAUUUAUGUUUGUUUGUUUUGCUUUGUGGUUAGCCUGGACCUUUUAAUGUCAGGAUUCACUUUUAUUUUGCUUUAUUCAUUUCUACAAUGUUGUCCUUUGCUAAGGAACAGAU